AUGUGCAAAACAGGCUUCAUAUAUGACAAUCGUUAUCUUCAACACGACACGGGGUCGCGUCACCCGGAAAACAGCCAGCGGUUGAUUGCGACCAUGCAGCAUCUGGAAAAUCAACCCUGGUUCAGUGAAUUGCUGAAUUUGACACCGCGAUUGGCAGAGCGUGAAUGGCUGGAAGCGGUUCACCAAUCCGGAUACAUCGAACAUGCACGUAAAUUGUGUGAAUCCGGAGCAAGAUUGCUGGAUGAUCCGGACGUAACAAUCAGUAGCAGUUCUUUUGAAGUAGCAAGAUUGGCAACCGGCGCAGCUCUGCAACUUGCAGACAGCGUCAUGAAAGGCGAAGUCAAGAAUGGAUUCGCUUUAGUUCGCCCUCCUGGUCAUCAUGCGGAGAACGCUCGUGCGAUGGGAUUUUGUCUGUUCAACAACAUUGCCAUAAGUGCACGGUAUUUGCAGUUGGUGUACGGAAUUGAAAAAGUAUUGAUCUUGGACUGGGAUGUACAUCAUGGCAAUGGAACCCAGCAUGCAUUUGAGGAAGAUCCUUCCAUACUCUUCAUUAGUCUUCAUCAAUACCCUCACUAUCCAGGUACCGGUUCUCACAGUGAAACGGGAGUAGGAGCAGGAACCAAUGCGACAGUCAACUGCCCGAUGACGGCUGGGUCUUCAGAUUUGGACUACGAGCAAGCUUUUUCGGAAAGAAUUCUGCCUGCGAUAAAUAGAUUCAAACCCGAAGUGGUCCUUGUGUCUGCCGGGUUUGAUGCUCAUCAAUCAGACCCGCUUGGACAAAUUGAUCUGAGCACUGAAUUUUUUGGCUGGAUGAGCAUGAGAAUGAUGGAAGUCGCUGAUCAGCACGCAGACGGACGACUGAUAUCACUGCUGGAAGGAGGCUACAACUUGCACUAUCUGCCGCUUUGUGUUUCGAUUCAUUUGCAGACAUUGCUGAAUGCAAAUAGUUGA